AUGGAAGCCAUGGGAGAAAAGAGUGAUGAGAAAAAGGAGAGAGGGAAGAAUUGGUCGCUUAUCGAGAAGAAGUUGUUGGUCGAUCUUGUAUUCAAUGCAUUAAGAAUCACUCGGGGAAUAUUGAAGGAGAGUGGUUUCACAAAUAAAUUUAAUAAUCGCAUUUGGGAAGUAAUAACUACAAAUAUCAAUGCUCUUGGGUUAGCAGUGCGAAAAGUUAAUGCUGUAAAGGACAAGUGGAAGCAGCUUCUCUCCAAAUCGAGGAAAGAGUUUGCUGAGCGCCGCACCCACACUGGUGGUACUGGAAAAGGUUCUAGGCGCCGCCCUGCAGACCCCGUCUCUGAAAGAAUAAUAGCGAGAUUAGAGCGGGAUGCCAGUCUCAAGAGCAUUGAAGGCGGGUUCGAGUCACCUGACGGCCAGCCGCAAAUGACGUUCUAA